AUGUUAUUUUUAGGCAGUGGAAAGAUUGAGGAGAAGGACCUCCCUCAUUGGAUCAAGAUGACAAGCCUCAUUCUGGAUGAGUUUAAGAAGGAGCGGAAUAGCUUUGCACAAGACAUGAGGAAGGUGGAAGGGCAUAUUUCAUACAUGACGGAUUUAUGGAGUGACCCAAAUCUUGAUUCCUUUAUGGCGAUUAUGGUGCACUACAUGUUCCGCAGAAAGACUGGACAACUUGAAUAUCAGUGUGGAUUGAUAGAUAGCAUUCCAGCACAUUGA